GAAACCGUGUACAAAGCGCCGGAGAGCGUAGCCCAGGAGAAGGAAGACAAGAAGCGGAGACGAAAGAAGGAAGCCACCACGCCCCGGGGACGCGGUGCAGCGAAGGGCAGCGAAGCCUCCCGGCCCACCACCCGACAAGAGAGCGAGGACGAUGAAGAUGUGGGAAUAUUCCAGCGAGUGGGCGUGACGUUCACCCCCGUGUACAAGUGCAUCCACAUCUACGAAAACCUGUCGUCGCUCACCGAGUUCGAGAACUACUACCAAUACACACGCCAGGGUCCCGCCGGGCCGGCCUUCCUGGCGAGCAGGCGAGCCUACGAGUCCUACUUUUACCAGAUCACGGGCUUCUUCAUCGUCGAAGCACACGUGUGGCACACCACCCAGAAUCUCAUCUCGCCCUCCACGGUGAAAGGCUGGUGGGAGACGGCCGCGCACCGAAUCCGCGCGGCGUUGCAGGAGCAGGUGACCACGUACUGCAGGGACGUGGUGGUGCUGCAGCAGCUGCGGGACUUUGUGUUCCUCUUCACGCGCACCAUCAGCGCCUACGGGUACGACGUGACGUUGAUGCAGGACUUUUUCAAGAACAUGCGCGACAAGUACAUCGACCUUGCCACCCAGUCCUAUCGCGAGGAGUUCCUCACGGUGAUGGAAAGGGAAACCUUCCAACCGCUGUACAUAGCCGACGAAGAGGAGUACCAGCUCAUGAUCCUCGACAACAACCUGGACCAGAUCUUCCCGCACCAGUUGCGACUGCCGAUGAAGUUCCCCUUUUGCGCGUUUGUGCCCAACUGCGUGUCGAUCGUGAAGCACUUCAUCAAGACCUACUACGAGUUCUCCAAGGACCUUUUCGCCGACACAGACGAGUUUGUAAAGAAGGGAACGGAGCUGCUGUUGAAGGUGAUGUGCAGCACAAUCAGCAAGCAGAUGAUGGACUCGAGCAACAGCAACGUUUCGUCGUUGGUGCAGCUCUCCCUGAGCCUUCCCUACAUGAAGAACUGCUGCAACAUUUUCGAAGCCUACAUCGCCUCCUUCAAGUACGAGCUGAACCUCAUCAUCAUCAUCAUACACAUGAUCGAGCAGAGGCUGCUCAUAUAUCUGGGCGCCGAGGCCUCUCCGCUGAGUCGGUCAAUGUUCGACGCACUGCGCGAGAAUGCCGAGAAGCGCAUGUUCGAGGUCAUAGACCGAAAGAUCGACGAGCUCUUCGAUAACGUCGACAUCAACUGGGCCGCGGCCAAGAGCGAGUUCAAACUCUUCGCCUACGAUCCCUUGCAGAGCUACAAGUGCAUCUCGGCAACGGUCCUGCAAGGUCCGAGCACCUUGACGGGUCAGCACCACGGGGUGGUGUGCGACGGCUGCCAGCGCUACGCCUUCCGCGGCCAGCGGUACCUGUGUUCCGACCCCGUGUGCCGAGAGUACAACCUCUGCCACACCUGUCAGCAGCUGGGAGUUACCAACAAGCAGCACCAGAAAGACCACGCCAUGGACGUCAUCGCCGAGCCACAGCCAGCCAACGCUGUGCCCGCUCUGGCACCGCAGUGCCUGGCCUCUGGGUACUUCUUCACAACCGGGCACCAGCUGGGUGUGCUUCUCCCGCCGGGCGUGCCGCCGAACACCCUGCGGCGCGGCAAGAUGAUGUGCCGCGUCUUCAACAUGCGCCAGGGUCGCCACGUCAGCGACCUCAUGGUGGAGAACGGGCAUAACGGACAAUGCAUCUGCUACGAUCGCAAGAACAACCUGCUGUGGAUGCACUCCUCCGAAACGUCUUCUGUGCUGCACUGGACGCACUUGGGCAAGACCAGUCCCUCCCCUGGCAAUCGCCCGGACGAGCCCUUGUCCGAGGGUGACGAGGAUGCUGCAGCGGCCGUAACAGCCACACUGGCGGGUCCCAGCACUGCUAGCGCCGGGUCCUUCGUCAUAAGCUCCCUCCUUCAAGUUCUGGCAGCCAAUGUGCAGCACCUCAUCCAGGUGCUCUCGCCCGAGGAAGCCAGCAAAAGCUUUGGGCUCGUGCUUCUGGACAUACGGGACCUUGUCCUCCGGCUUGCGCUGGGCCGAGUGCUGCCGCAACCCACAACGACCACCACUACCACGACCACCGCACCCGUUUCACAGACCGGAGAAAAGCGGCCGGGAGACAAAACGCACGAUCGGGUCGUGCAGGCCGACGCCCGGCGCUGCUUGCUGGUGGGCCUGCCCAUCUUCUACCCGACGCACGACAAGCAGGUCCAGUUCCUGCACGAACUGCUGGCCAUUCUCCAAGUGGAGGAGGAGAAGACGUCCCUCGCAACGGAGGGCCAAACGCCGCACCACACUGCGCACAGCCACCUCCCAAGCCCUGCGAGGCUCCUCCUCGACGACCUGCUCGAGAAGCUCUCCCAGGAGCUUGCCCUCGGCCUGGGCGACAUGCUCUUCGCUCCGAUCCUGUCGGAGGUCGAAGCCACCGGGGCGCAGCGCAAGGAGCGCGGGGCCGCCGACGCUGAGCCAUCGAGUACCGCGGAGGCCAUGGAUCGGGCGGUUGUCACGAGCGAGUCCUCGGAGAAGCUGGUGCGCGACCUGAUCGAGCUCGCCGUGGGGCUGAUGAAGAAGAGCAGCGAGGAUGCCAAGGUGAGGAAGACCCGCAUGGAGCAGGAGGUCAGAUCGCUGUUGCUCGACACCGAGGGCUCGCCGGUCGGACCGACGGCUGCCGAGGAGGCGCGCACAAUCUACAACGUGCUUCUCGCCGUGCAGAGGGACCUGCUCAGCUCUAUCGGCUUCUCCCCCAGCAUCGAGUCCUCUGGAGAAGAAGAGGAGGAACCCGCCAUCGCCGAGUCUGGUGAGGUCAAGCGGCUGCUGCGCUGGACGAGCCUUAUGAUCCAGAAGAGCAUUGAGAUGGUGGGGCUGGUGCUGCCCCGUUCCGCGUUGCGUGAGGGCGAGGCCACCAUCAAACCCGACGAUCAGAUUCGCGCUCACUACUUCGUCGUCCGCUUGGGAGCCCUGCGCGAUUCUCUGUUUGGUGUGGUCCUGCCGCCGCUGGUCACUUCGCUGUACCAUUUCGCCGAUCGACCGGAUUUCGUGGACGUCCUGCCGGCUCUCCUGCAGCUCUUGUGGGAGCUGGACGAGAUGAACAAGUUCUUCGUGGCCAGCAAGGCCGCCUUCAAGAAUCUACACCUCGCGCAGGAGGCCGACAAGCAGAAGAGAAGGCAAGAAGCAGCAGCGAUUGCUCAGCUCGCUGCGAUUGAAGCCUCCCGCACGCCCUCCACCAAGGAUCGCAAGGCCAGGGCGUCACUCCCGGAGGCCGAAGAUGAGGUGGAGGCGCCGGUGAGCUAUCCCUUCGCCUGGCUUCUGGAGCUGGAGAAGACGCUGGGCACCGUCUGCGGCAUGCUCUCGAGCAGCCUCAUGGCAGGGACGCCGGAGACCAGCCAGGAGCGGCCCUACCUCUCGCACCUGCGCUCCGACCUGUUCUCGGCUGGCCUGGAGGACAGCGAGGACGAAGCGCUCGUUGAUGCGUCCGCCACCGAAGGCAUGGACGUGGACGAGGGCGCCAGCAAGACUGCGCCGCAGGGCGACUUCUUCAAGCGCCUCAUGGCCGUCGAUGAAUCGGACGACGAGCUGGGGCCGCUCGUCAAGUGGAUCAGUGCGGCCGGGCCGCGUUUGCCCAUUCCCGCGCAGGCGGAGAAGGCGGUGGCAUCGGCGGUGCGUGGUACCUUCGCCGCCGUCGUCAAGCAUGCCAACCUCGAACCUCAGCUCGUCGAGUGGGCCUCGCAACUGCGCACCGCCGCCCAGAAGCGCAUGGACCUCGACGCCAAGGAGGGCGACAGCGACGACACGAGAGAUCGUCAAGCACCUCGGCCGCUCGCUCAGGCAAAACGGGGCACCCACUACGCGGACCGGCUCGAAGGCUGCUCGCGCUCUUCGAUCCUCGCCGUGCGGCAGAGCUUCGCCGAACUGUUCCGGUUCCUCCUGCGCAGCCUGGCCGGGCAGGAGGAGGGCACCAAUGUCUCCCGGGAGGCCGAGCAGCUCAAGUUCCACACGCUCGUUCUCAACGCUCUCGCCCUCGACUACCGCAUGUUCGACUAUGCCCUCUUCAGCAACAGCGACUUCCACGCCGUCCUACACAAGCUGUCCACCCACGACGUCGCCCUUCGCCAGGAGCCUUCAUCGUCAUCGUCAUCUUCUAGCUCCACGGCUAACCCGGCGCCGGAGGCAGUCGCGGCGAGCAAGCUCCGCGCGCACAAGAAGCGCGUGGUGCGGGUGGCGCGCGAUCUCUUCCUCCUCUCGGCCGCGCGAUGCCUCGCGUGGACCCCCACGCCGCUGACACUCAAGAACAACCACCUCGGGGAGGACGAAGCCCAGCAGAUACUAGACCUACAGGACGCCGUGCUGCGGACCAUCUUUUUCACCGAGCUCGGCAGCCACCGCAGGGAGGAAGAGGCCGCCAGCGAAGCGAUGAGGUCGAGCGACCUCGACGACGACUACCACCACUCACUGCUCGCGCUGCUCUACCAGCUGAAGCGCACAGCGACCAUGCAGCGCUUCUUCUCCUCGUCGGAGAGCAUCCAUAACCUGCUUUCCCUGCUCAAGCUGGGCUCGCCACGCGUGCAGCGACUGGUGACGCGUCUCCCGGACGCUUCGUGA